CAGGCCAUCAAGGACCCCUGACAGACACGGCAGCAACCAACAGCUCAUCCACAUCCAAAGCCUUUCCAUUCCAUCUCACGCACACUCUGCGUCGGAUCCAAGCAAGCAAAGCGUCUCCAUGGCUUCGACGACGGCGUCCAACCUGGGCGGGGCGUGGUUCGGCGAGCUGGCUUCAGCGCUGCAGGGGACGUGGCAGGCGGUGGCCGCCACCGCCGGCGAGGACCCGCGGCAGCUCCAGCAGCAGAAGCCGGCACGAGGCGGCGGCAGCAGCAACAAGGCGGCGCAGGGCAAGGAGGAGGGGGACGUCGCGAGGUGCGGCGGCGCCAUGUCCGACACCACGCUCUACCUGCUGCUCGACCGGUUCACGCCCAACUGAGCUGACCGGACCCCCUUGGUCGCCCGUCGUGUCCGUCGGCGCGUGCUGUAGUACUCUACUGUACUGUACAGGCGGAAUAACUGCGCGCCAUGGUUUUGUGUAAAUGCUGUAAAUUGCAAUGCCAUGUUUCUAAUCUGAUGAUUACUCACUUUCCCCUGUUC